UUCCCACGUUGUCCGACUCCGGUAGUCUCCAUCCAGACGUGGUCGAGUUACUGUUUGCGAGUACACUGGUCUGGGAGCCGUCAUGGCAGAAUCCGCCAAGCAAACGAAGAACAACCGCGGCGGCAGCCUGCUGAGCCGAGCCCUGCGGUCCACCCAGCCCGCUCCGGCCGUGGAGAUGGGGGUUGUUUGCGGAACCGUGGCCCAAGUCCGCGUGCUGGUGAUCAACACCGGAGGGACCAUUGGGAUGGUGCCUCAGUCUGAGGGUCUAGUUCCAAAGGCUAACACGUUAGCAGGGUAUCUGAAGAAGAUCCCAAUUCUUCAUGAUGCAGCAUAUGCCCAGACUCUCAGGCUAGGAGAUGACACUUUGGUGCUUCCCUCUUCUAACCAAAACAAAAGAAUUAUCUACACCGUCUUGGAACUUACUCCACUCCUUGAUUCUUCAAAUAUGACACCAGCUGAAUGGGACAAGAUUGCUAGGCAACUUGAGAAAAACUAUGAAAAGUAUGAUGGGUUUGUGAUCCUUCAUGGUACAGACACGAUGGCCUAUACAGCCUCGGCAUUGUCCUUCAUGUGCGAGAAUCUGGGUAAAUCUAUUGUUCUAACAGGAUCCCAGGUGCCCAUAUACGAACUGAGGAACGAUGGCCGAUCCAACCUGCUGGGGGCGCUGCUGAUUGCUGGACAAUUCGUAAUCCCUGAGGUGUGCCUGUACUUUUAUAAUAGACUGUACCGGGGAAACAGGGUGACUAAGGUGGAUUCAGAGAGUUUCAAUGCCUUUUCCUCACCUAACCUGCCUCCACUUGCAAAUGCUGAGGUUGAUAUUACAAUUAAUUGGGAGACUGUAUGGAGAGCCAAGACUACCAAGAAAUUUGAGAUCCACACCAACAUGAACAGCAAUGUGGGCCUCCUGAGAAUCUUUCCAGGGAUCACUGCAGAUGCGGUGACAGCAUUCCUUCAGUGCCCAAUGGAGGGGGUUGUACUUGAAACCUAUGGCAGUGGGAAUGCCCCCAAUAAUCGUCCCGAUUUGCUAGAGGCACUGAAAAAAGCAACUGACCGCGGUGUGGUGAUUCUGAAUUGCACCCAGUGCUUGCGAGGAGCUGUGUCUGUGGUUUAUGCCACAGGAAAGACCCUUAUGGACGCAGGUGUAAUUCCAGGGGCAGAUAUGACACCAGAAGCCGCCCUUACCAAGCUGUCCUAUGUUUUGAGCAAACCCGGACUUACCUUAGCUGAGAAGAGAAAGAUGCUGAGUGAGAAUCUGAGAGGAGAGAUGACUGUUCUUCCCAUCAGAACCCCCAUCACCCUCAAAGAUAGCAGGUUUAUUCAAGAGAUUACAAAAUACCUGUUAAUCAGCUGCAAGGAGGAACUCGCAGCUGUUAGAGAUGCCUUGACUCCUCUUUUGGCUUGUGUGGCAGCCAAAAAUGGCGAUUUGGAUGCCCUUGAAGCUUUGCAGAGUAUGGGUGGAAAUCUGAGUGCUGGAGAUUAUGAUGGUCGCACUCCUCUUCACGCUGCAUGCUCCGAGGGCCGUCUGGAGGUAGUGAAACAUCUAUUGGAGUCUGGUGCAACUGUAUAUGCAAAAGACCGAAUGGGAGCAACACCGCUGUUGAACGCUAUCAAGUUCAGGCACCACAGUGUGAUAUCCUUGCUUCGCACCACUGGCGCUCACCUUUCUAGCCAAGAACUUGGGAAUGUUGGAACAGAACUCUGUAGUCUUGCUUUUAAUGGAGAUGUUGAGGGACUAAGAGCGUGGCAUCUGGCUGGUGUGGAUAUGAACCAACCGGCUUAUGAUGGGAGUAAUCCAUCUAAUGUGGCCAGGACUGCAGGACACACAAAAGUUGUGGAAUUUUUCAGUCAGUUGGGACUCUAAUACGACACUUGGUGUUCCUAUCUAGCUGUGGAAAAAGGCAUAUACAGAUGCAAGCAAUAUUGACCAGGCCUGCUUAUUGUUUUUAGAAUUAGAAGAGAGAUUUAUUGUCUUAUGUUUGACAUUUUUAAAGAAAAAACAUCUAGCUCUUACUAAAGAAAAUGUCUUGCCUUUAAUAUGUAAGGACAUAGAACAUCAGACCCUAUUGCCAUAGCGUCCCAUUUGAGUUUAAUGCUGUUUUCAGGAAUAUAUGUGGAAACAUACAACAAACUGCAGUGCUCAAGUUCCAUAUGAAACUGUACUUACAAUGAGUCUACCCAUAGUAUUGUUUGUUGAGAUUAGGAGUGGCUUUCACUAGGCAUAAAUCUGUUCCAUGUCUGCUAGUAGGGAUUAUAUGUACGGAAUGCUAUGGAAAGUGGACCCAUGAUCUCCUCUCAAACACACCAGUGUUCUUUGCCAUUGAGUUAAGCUCUCUUAUUACAGUUGAAUGACAGAUGUUUUAGGCUAGGAGUUUUGUAAUAUGAAUCAAGAACACAGAAACUAAACUAUGCAUUUAAAUGGUGCAAACAGGGAGAGAAUUCUGAUCGAAGUUUGGGAAAAUUACUUUUAGAAUUACAAACUUCAUUACCCAUGCCAGCUGGGGAACUGGACCUGUUUAUUUUGGGGAUUCUGGAAGUUGUAGUCAAAUAGCAGGCUUGCUGAAAAACAGGAGAAAGAUAAUCAGGUUUGCAGAAAUAUAUGGAUACCUUCCCCUCAUUGUUCUUUAAAUACAUGGAUUACCUCUCCAGUUAUAGGGGAAAAGGCAUAACGUCAUGCAAACAACACUGAAAAGUAUUGAAGAAUGUGAUUUUUAUGGGUACUGUUUUGAGAAUUAGCUCAUCAAAAACCUAACAAUGUACAUACAUACAUACAUGUUUGAGAACAUGAAUAUGGAGGAAGGAUCCCCUUAAACAGUACAAUAAGAACAGAGAGGGUGUUUGGUGGACACAGACUGAAAUCCAGUUGCAAGGCAUAAUUAGAUUAGGCCCAUUUCAUCAGUGGGGAUCUGGUGAGCUAAUUUGUCUAUUAGUAGGUCUGCUCUAUUUGGAACUCCAUACCAUUCAGCCACAGAAUAUUCUAUAGGAAUUGCUAAAUAGAAACAGACUUUGAGUAGGGGAAGGCAAAGAGAGUAAAAUGGAGUGUUCUGGAAGAGAGCAUCAUUGGCUAACUAAUUGGCACACUCAACAGGAGCAUCAGUAAAACUUGCAAACAUCUAUCCGAAGGGGCUUGCAUCAACAUAAAUCUGAACAAAACUUGCAAAAGUUUCCCUCUCUCUUUUGGAC